AUCCGUCUAAGAAAUCAAAAGCUCAAGCGGCGUUUUCCUAACGAUCCACCGGUCAGUCGGAUUUCUCUAAUGAUGGAUUUUAGCAGGGGGGUGUAAAGGUUACGAACCCGUCUGUACCGUCCCAAAGGCAAACAAGCCUGCUAGCCUUGAGCAAAGUCCAAUGGGGAUCACACACACAGACAGAUCUUCCAGACCACAUCCUCCCCAGAGUCCAGUCUGCCAUCAUGGAUCUCAUCCACAGCUGGGGCGUCCAGCUGGCUCAGCACCUUCAGACCAACUACAGAGGACACGAGGCCUUGUUCGGUCUGGCCUCCACGGUGGCCGACCUGCACACCACGUUCUUCUUCUUCUUUCCCAUCUGGUUCCACCUGCGCAGGGACACGGGGCUCCGGCUGGUCUGGGUGGCCGUCGUCGGGGACUGGAUCAACCUGGUCCUCAAAUGGGUUCUUUUUGGAGAGAGACCUUACUGGUGGGUUCACGAGACCCGCUUCUAUAGGCCGGGGGCGGCCCCUUCACUGCAUCAGUUCCCCAUCACCUGUGAAACUGGACCAGGGAGUCCCUCGGGUCACGCUAUGGGUGCCACGGGGGUCUGGUACGUGAUGGUGACCGCACUGCUCGCCGUGGCCGCGGAGAAGCGAUGCCCGCCGUCGCUGUACAAAGUCCUGCAGGGAGUUCUGUGGGGCUUCAUGGGCCUCCUGGUGCUGCUAGUCUGCAUGUCCAGGGUCUACAUGGCCGCCCACUUCCCACACCAGGUGGUCGCUGGCGUCAUCGCAGGUGUGGUCGUGGCUGAAGUGGUGUCCCGGGUGAAGUGGAUCUACAGCGCCGGUUUGAGGACGUACACCUUCACGACGCUCUUCUUGACCUCCUUCGCCGUGGGCUUCUACCUGUUGCUGAAGGCUGCGGGCGUGGACCUCCUGUGGACUCUGGAGAAGGCCCAGCGGUGGUGCGCCAAGGCCGAGUGGGUCCACCUGGACUCCACGCCCUUUGCCAGCCUCCUGCGCAACAUGGGCAGCCUGCUGGGCCUGGGCCUGGGCCUGGGCCUGAAUCUGGGCUCGCCCCGGCCCGGCGCCGACGCCGAGAAGACGAGCGGCGCCUCCAAGGCGGUGUGCAUCGUCGCCUCGUUGGCGCUGCUCCGUCUCUUGGACGCUUGGACAUUUUCCUCCGAGAACCUGGUGGCGUUCUACGGUUUGUCUUUCGGUAAAAGCGCGGUUGCACUUUUAAUCCCGACCGCUUUGGUUCCUUGGGCUCUCCGGGGAAGGCGAGAAGAAUUUGUGGCUGUUGGGCGGGAACAAAAAGAUCUUUAGAGGUUUCCUGUGCGAGGACGUGGACUUUGAGGGCAACACUGCCGUGCUAUUUUCAAUCAUUCUUGUCGUUUUUCUACAACCCGACUCGUCACAGGAUUCAGUUUUUGGCAUUCUUCACAAUUUUGGCCCAGAUUUUUGUAGGAGGUCUUGGUUAUCGGCUGAACAAACUUCCAUUUACCCGCGCAUCAUUUUGUGGAAUGUCCUCACAAAGUAACGAAUCGACAUUUUUAAGCACAUAUGCUGCAAAAUAAUCCACCGUGGGGCCAAAUAAAGUUGUGAGUGUCAGCAGUUUGAUAAAGAAGGUGAGAAACACAACUUGUAGCAAAGCUCUUUGUCAUCGAUGUGUUCAAUAAAGUUAGAAGU